UGCACGGAGUAUCCAUGAYCGUACCAUUCURCAUAUUUGGAGGUUUGGGUAUUUCUUCAGCAUUACUGGCGUUACUUUUACCUGAAACGUUAUUUGCUAACAUGGAACAGACCAUUGAAGCAGCGGAAGAGGCUCAGUUAGACUAUAGCGUGCCUUGUUGUGGGAAGAAKGGCAAUCAAAAAAAGGAAUUGAAGAUUUAUGGAAAGGAAAAUGAGGAGGWUGAAAUGGAAGAAACGCGAUUUUGAAUAAUACUGUGAAAAUUCAAGGAUAUUUCACAGCUCAAAUAAAACUGGAAUCAUCAGUUCCUCUUAGUGGAAUCAGUGUUUCAUUUUCGUAGUUCUAAACAUGGAGAAAGAAGAUGGAAGCAACAGAGAGGAUACUUUUGACGAUGUUUUCAGCCAAAUCAAGUCGUUUGGUCGAUAUCAACACUGCGUUUAUUGGUUCAUCACUGCCAUGAAAAUCCCAAUGGCAGUACAGUUUGGGUCCAUGAUUUUUAGUUAUGGAACUCAAAAGUUCAAGUGCGAUUCAUCGAAUGUGACAUGUCCGUUAAGCAAAUGUUGCAACAACUGCACAUCAUAUUCAUUUGAUCAGAAAUACGUUAGUGCCGUAUCAGAGUGGGGUCUCAUCUGUGACCGAGCAUAUGUCACUGCUUUCAUGCAAUCAAGCUUUUACAUGGGAAUGCUGUGUGGCUCCAUCGUUGGAGGAUGGGUUGCUGAUAGAUUCGGAAGAAAGAAAUGUAUGUUUGGAAGCCUGUUUCUGAUGGCAGCUUUUUCUCUCUGUGGUGCUUUUGUUAAUUCACCAAUUGCAGUGAUCAUUGUUCGUUUUUGUGUUGGCAAUGGAAUAGCUUCUACUAUGGUAUCACACUAUGCGCUGUCCAUUGAGCUCGUUGGACCAACAAAAAGAACCUUUGCUGGUGUGGCCACUGGGCUUUUCUGGAAUGUCGGAGGAGCAAUAGAUGUAACGAUUGCAUACCUCCUCCCUUACUGGCGACACACAGUCAUUGCUGGUUCUAUACCUGGAUUCCUCUUCCUGCCAUUCUACCUGAUUCUUCCAGAAUCACCGCGUUGGCUUGUAACUCAAGGUCGAUUGGAUGAGGCUCAAACCAUCCUCGAAAAGUUUGGUGGCAAAAAGGAUAAGCCUGUAGACAAGCAACAACUGAGAUCCACGUUAGAGAAAGUCAGGAACGCUCAGCUUCAACAACAGAAAGUCCGUCAAAAUUUUCACAUCAUCGAUUUAUUCAAGACACCGAGACUGCGACGUUUCAGUCUCGUCAUAGGAUUCAGUUGGUGAGCACAUAGUUAAUAAUAAAGUAACAUAAGGCCUGAUGUGAAGUUUUAUCGCGUGGCCGUGGGAAAACUUGGGAAAGAAAAAUAUGCUUGCAGCAUAUGCUCUAUCAAUCAUGCAUUUVUGACGAAAUUGUUUCACGUGACUGCUAUAACAUAUUGCAUUAGACUCUUAGUCUCUUUUUAYAUGCAUGCAACAUAUUGUGCGGGGAACAAUUUGGCUGUUUUCUAUUGUAUCGCUUCCUUUCCUGAAUAUAGAAUUGAUCACUUUGAAUCAUUGCCAUGAAAUUCAAAAGACAAAACAUGAGCAAAACACGU